UAUUUUAAAGGGAGAGAGAGGGUCAUGGGAAAGGGGAGGGACAGGGGGAGAGAGAGGAACCCAAGCAAACUCCACCCUGAGCAUGGAGCCUAAUGUGGGGUUCCGUCUUACGACCUUGAGAUCAUCCUGAGCCAAAACCAAAAGUUGGACACUCAAUCAACUGAGCCACCCGGGUGCCCCUAAGAACUGCUCUCCACUUGGCCUGUGCCAUUGGCCGUGAAGAUAUGGUGAAGCUCCUGGUAGAUCGGCACUGCCAGCUUAACCUCUGUGAUGGCGAAGACAGGACAGCUCUCGUGAAGGCUAUACAAUGCCAAGAAGAGGCAUGUGUAACUCUUCUCCUGGAACACGGUGCUGAUCCUAAAGUGAAAGACAACAAGGGCAACACAGCUCUCCAUUAUGCAGCCCACGAAGGGAUUGUCUCAAUAGCAGAGAAGCUGCUUUUACAAAACGCAAAUAUAGAGGCCAAAAACACGGAUGGCCUCACACCAGUUUUAGUUGCUCUAAAUGAAAACAAAGAGCAAAUGGUGAAAUUUUUAGUAGGAAAAGGAGCACGUCUACUUUCAGGGGAUACGGUUAAAAGCAGUGACCAACUAAUUUCUGAACAUGAAGAAGAAAUGAAACCUGAAAAUUCUUCACAGAAUCAUGAUCUAGUGGCUAAGAAGUCUGAAGAAGUCUCUUUAAGCAGUCGUACCCGCAAAGCUGAUACUGAUGAUUCAAGGCCUUCAAAACAUGAGGACUUAAGUUCUGGUACCAAGGAAGGAGCAACGAAGCUGGCAAUUGGAAAAAAGGACAAUGGUAUUGAUAUUAUUGAAAGUCCUCCACAAGAGCAAGCAGUUAAUGACAAUUUGACUUCUGCUGAUAGAGCACACAAAAAUCAUAUGAGUGUUAAGUUAGUGAACCUCUAUGAGUUUUUUUCUAUGCUUACAUGCUAG